AUGUUAUAUAUUCAACAAUUUCAAUAUAAUCGUCAAGAUUAUUUAAGACAAUAUCAACGUAUUCAUUUAUUAGUCAACGAAAACUUUUUACUUUCUAGUAAUCAAUACAAUAAAAAAUUUCCACAUAUAUCUCGACCAACAACACUAAAUGUUGGUUAUUCACAUAAUCAAACAUUAUUUUUUCUACCUAGUAUAACAUCAUUAAAUAUGGAUGAUGUCCGAUCUCAAUCUGCGUCUCUUUGGUCAGAUCAUGCGAGUAAUAAAUCAACGAUUGAGCACCGAACAAAAACAGGAAAUAAAGAUUCUAUGGCAAAUUUACACAAAAGUUCAAUAGCAGAUUAUAAUAGAAAAAUAUCAAAUGAAAAUAAUGAAAAAUUUUCCACCUUUACUCGUCGUCAAGUAUAUAGUAAUGUAUAUCGAUUAGCUCAAUCUACAACAAUAGGAAAUCAAUUAUCUACUUCUGUUUUGCUACCAAAUUCAAUUCCUACUAAAUCUGAUAGACCAACAACAGCUCCACUUAUAUUUGAAAAAAAUAUUCAUAAAACUGUAUCUGAAAAGUUUAAAUCUGCUAUGUUAUCUCGUUCACCAACGCCAUUACGAAAUGCACGUUUAAUAGAUUCAUCAGACAUUUAUGAUAAUUCAACAAAUUCAUUAUAUUAUGAAGUUAAAUCGACAGUAUUCAAAAAUGAUAAUCCCUUUAUGCAACAAUCUUCACAUAUAAAUACAAAUAGUUGUCAUAAUUUUCUUGAUUCACCUAUUGAUACGAAUUCACAUAAUACAACAACAAUAAAUAAUGAUGAUGAAUCACAAAUACAUUAUCGUAGUAGUCAAUACGAAAUAAAUGGUUUUCAACAUAUUGCAAAGUUAGGUAGUUGGCAACAUAGUUCAAAAAAUAGAGAAAUAGUAUCAUGUGAAAAAUCUAAAGAAAUAGAACAUGAAGAAGAAAUUUCAAAAGAUAUUGAUCAACCUUCAUUGAAUUCAUCAUUAUCAUCAUCGACAACAACAAUUUAUAAAUAUAAAAGUCCAUUUUCUGAAGAAUAUGAUAAUAUUAUUUCUCUAUAUGCACAAUGUCAAACAAAUAAUAAUAUUAAUGAAUUUAAUUUAAGAGAUUUUUAUCGUGAUGUUAAAACACGAUUCGAACCAGAAACAAAUACUAAGCCAGUCUUUGAAAAAUGUCUUAAAUUAGCCAGAUUACAAGCAAAUACAAUUAAAUGGGAACAACGUCGUCGUCAAAAUUUAAUUAUAUAUAAUCGUCUUAUAAAAAAUGGUACAUUUGAUAAUAAUAUAUUAAAUUCCAAUGGAAUAUAUUCAUCAAAAAUUAAUAAUGAAAAAGAUAUACGAGAUAUAAAUGAAUUAAAACGUGAAUUACGUUGUAAUGAAUGUAAACGUUUAGCAUGUCUUGGUAAUUGUGCACCAGGUAAUGAAUAUCAUCAAUAUAAACGUUUUCCAUUUUCAUCAUUAUCAAAUAUACGUGAUCAAAAUCGUACGAGACUUAAUUUACGUACACAACGAUCAACUAUAGAUUUACGUCCUUAUACAACACAACAAACGACACGUGAAACAAAAUUUAAAUUUGAACAAACAAAUACAAAUCCUAUUGUUGUUGUACCUUUAAUGGAAAAUGAAUUACAAACAAAACGUUCACAUAAGAAAUUAACUCAUCGAUAUCUAUCAAAUAAAUCACUUCGUUCACAACGACGAGAAACAUUAACAGUUAUUUCAACACCAAAAAUUUCAAGUUAA